AAUAGCUAUACAAUUACAUUAUUAUUGAUAAUAGUAUAAUACGUAUCAGUUAUUAAUAAAAUUGUCCAAUUUAAAAAUAAUCAAAUUUAAAUUAUGAUUGGUCGUAUUUUCAUUAGUCGUUCGACCGUGUAGUGACUAUAUAGACUACUAUAGAUUUUCCAACGUAUCAAAACACAUAAUAGUGCGUAAAAAUGGAAAAAUCACCAACAAACGAAAAAAAACUAGAAGAAAUCGAGAACAACGUCAAUGUUCAAUUACCGGCUAAACCAAACCUGAAAGGCGAUUGGUUAAACGUUUUCAUAUUGGUAUUGCUGUACACGAUACAGUAUUUGCCCCAUGGAUUCGUCAUCUCUUUACCGAUAAUAUUCCAGAGCAAAAAAAACAUUACUUAUAAAGAACAGGUAAAUAAUAAAAUAAUAUCCGAUACGAACGAAAUACGAAUAUAUUUAUAUACUAUUAAGACUAGGUAAAUCAAAAUGUAUCUUUUCUUAUAGAAUUCUUAAAAUUCUUAUUGAAUGUUAUUUAGAAAUAUUUUUAAAUGAAUAAAUGCAUAGAAUAACACCAAUUUACUACUUAAUACUUUUUAAAUUAAAUUUAACAUAUAAUAACUAAACGUCACAUUUUGAUAAAAUAAAAUUCUUACUUUUUUCGUGCCCGUCGCCAAGGCCAAGGUUACCCAUAAAUCAACAGAAAAAGUUCAAUUUUUGUUCCGAAAAUAUCAUUAACUCUGGGUUAGCUACUCUUUAGAGGUUCAAUUUCGAGAUGAAAAUACUCAGUGACUUUCCUCUUGUUUUAAAUGUCAAGUUUGCAAAGUCUCAUCCAGAUCGGAAUAAAAUUGUAAAUUUUUAUAAAAAGCCAACAUAAAUCGAAUUUAAUUUAUAAUAUAUCGGUACCUAAUUUUUUAAUUUUGAAUAAUUUAUACAUUUUUUUUUUUUUUUUGUAUCUAACAUGGCUAAUGGCGGAGAUAAAGAGCCAGAGGGGAAUGCACUUAGGAGAGGGCCGAGUUACGCCACAACCAAUGUUAUUAUUGUUUUUAAGUAAAAAAAAUUACUUCAAUAACCAAGGUAUAUAUUAAACAAUUUUAAAAAUAUCAUUAGGAAUAAAUCUUAUAUAGUUAAAAUUUUUCGACAGAUAGUUUAUAACUUCAUGAAUAUAAAUGUAAUAAAAAUUACAAACCAUUAAAACAUUAAAAUACACUAUAUGUAGAAAAUUUGCUACUAGAAAGACUCCUAAAGUUAAUGACUGGAGUAAGAUUUCUGGUGGAAUAGUGGCUUACAGACGGAAAAACAAAAUAAAUAUAAAUUUAAAAAAAAAACACACACACAUCAUAGAAUACCAAUGCGCUACGUUCAGAAUCUAAAAAAAAAACCUAUACUGCACUGCAGCUCGUGGAUCGCCCAGGUUAUCCUUCCGUUUUCGAGCACUAUCAAGUUAAUGCAAACCAAAAUCAUACUAAAAAUAGUAUUACGAAAAAAUUAAUAGUCAAUUAAUAUUGUAUGACGAAGAAAGGUUAAAAAACAUUACAAACGUCAAUUAUCGGUCCCAGAAGAUUCGAUUACAUAAAUUCAUCAGUACCAUUUAAUUUUUAAUGUGCUGAGCCACUGAUAAACCAGACCACUCCGCCCCUGUCUCUGUGUAAUAAUAAUAAUUCAUUAUAGUCCUUACGUAAUUAUGACAAGCGACUGUACAAGCAACGACGGUUGAAAAAAAAUUGAAAUCGUGUAUUUAUUAAAACAAUAUUAUAUUUUUUAAAAUUAUAUAAUUGCAAAUAAUAUAUAAAUUCACGAACUAUACUUCCACAAAAACAUAAAUUUUACAUAAUAAAAUAAUAAAUUUAAAACAAAAACGAGUCGCGUUUUACAUUUUCAGUGUGUGUACUUGAUGAAUUUUUAAUUCGAAACCGGUCGUAUAAUAUAAUACACUUAUCAUAAUAAUCCAGGCGACGCAUUCAUUCAUGUAUUUAUUUUAUUUUUAUGUAUCAAUUUUUAUUUGUAUAUUUAUUUACAUAAUACAUUUUGCAUUUUAAAAUUAGAAUUAUUUUAAAAAUCACAACAUAAAUUGUUCAGAUACAAAAAAAAAAAAUCUCACAUAUUGUAGUAAAAUUAAUACAUUCCUCGCUCUGUUCAGAAUCUAAAAAUACGAGGUAACAUAAAGUGCGAGGUCCUAAGUGGGUGCCCAUUUGGUCUCCUUCCACCGGUCCUGAUAACACAAUUUUAGACUCUGGACGGAGAGACAUGAAUUUGGUUUUACAAUGCUGUUACAAUGUUUUUUAUAUUUUCGGUCUGUGAACAACUAUUCACACAGAAGGUUAUUUUUAACAUUCAUUUUAUUUUUAACAUUUUUUUUUUUUUUGUUUAAAUAAGAAAUAAUCGUAGAGCCUUACAAUUUUCACUAAAUAUUUAUGAAGGAUAUCCAGACGUGAUAUAGUUUUUAACAUAUUUUUAGGUGGUAUAUAACAAUAAUUGUACAUUUGAUACGAGGAUUUUAAUUAAUUGAUCAAAUACAUGUAAAAAAAAAAAAGAGCUGAUACGAUUGGGUGUACGAUUAUUCUAGGUGAGAGGUCGAGAAAAUAGAGUAAAUAAAGUUAUUUAAUUUGCAUCUAUACGCAAAAAUAUAAUAUCGUUUCUGACGAAAUUCAUUUCCGAGUAAAAUUUGGUGAAACGUUUUUUAUGAAUGCCAUUAUAAUUACAAUUUUCGUUUAAAUUUAAUAAUAAAACAAAAACUACUUAAUUAUGCUCAACUUUUUUUUUUAUCACUAGGUUAAAUUGAUAAUGAACCUCUUAUUAUAUUUUCAAGCAUUUCUGAUUGGCUAUGAACAUUUUGUCCAUAUAAAAACCAAAAAUUUCAAAAUUGUAAUUUAUCUGUAAAUAACAUAAAGUUAGAAUGGUUUGAAAAUGUGACCACUUUUUGAAAAGAUCAAUACAAAUAUUCUAUGUAAAAUUCCAAGUCUUUACGAUUAAUUUAAACCGAAUUUUCAAAAAAAAAAAAAAAACAGAAAUGUGAAAUCAUUAUUGCCGUAAAUAUUCCCGUUUUACACUAAAUGGACAAAAUAUUAUAUAAAAGCUCUCAUGUAAUUUUUUGAUUGGGCCAAGAGGUCUGGUAAAAAAGUUGCUAACAAAUCUCCCUUCAAAAUACCCCUCGUUAUGCUUAAAUGUCAACAGUUUUCUUUAUAUAAACGUUUGAAGUUCAAAUUUUGACGAAACAUAUAAUAUUAUUCGCUCUUUUUAAAAUUCAAUUUAUCGUGUUUUUCUAAUGAAAAAAAUAAAAACAUAAAAAUAACAAUAUUUGUUGAUAUCUAUUUAAUAUAUUAUUAAGUAUACGAAUUAACUAUUAAACAAUCUUAAGUACAAAUAGGUUUCCGAUAGUUUUAAUUCCGACGUUUCAUGGUCCAGUGAAAAAGUAAAUUUUUAUAUCAACAUUAUGUCAAUAUUUACUAUUUAGGCAAUAUCAUAAUUUUUGUUUUUUUAAUUUCAUAAAUAUUUUUGAUCGUUUGGUGGACUUAAAUUAAUCGUGUAGAGUUUUCAAUACCUUAAAAAUAUUCAAUUUUGAAAAUACUUAUCCACAAUUGAACAUAAAUUAAUGCACUUAUUAUAUUAAAUAUACAUACUCUUAUGCAAUUAAAACCAAAAAAAAUAUAUGGGAAAAAAAUGUCAUAAAAAGCUAAAAAUUGACUUGGAUACUUUUUCCCUCGUAUCAAAUAUAUUUUGUGUACGCGUUUAUAGUGCACAUACUUACUGUAUUAAAUUAUUAAAUAAAUAGUUAAAAUGUAUAAUUUUGUUUGUCAGGCUUUUCUCAGUAUAGCUACGUGGCCAUUUGCAAUGAAACUUUUAUGGGCUCCAAUAGUGGAAUCGCUGUACAUACGGAAGUUGGGCAGGCGAAAAUCGUGGAUCAUACCCGCGCAAUACUUAAUGGGUGUGAUAAAAAUAAAUAGUAUUAUACGAGGUCUAACCAAUAAGUAAUGAGACUAAUUCAAUAAAAUACGUAUAUUUAAAUAUUAAGAUACAUCGAUGUGAUCCCCUUCAAAGUACUCCCCUCCCACCCCUAUACACUGGUUCCAGCGUUUUUUCAGCUCUCAUAACAUUUCUGGAAGGCUUCGUCUGGAAUGUCCUGAAGUACCCUCGUCACGGCGUUCUGGAUGUCAGUUAUGGACUCAAAAUGCGUUUCUUUCACGGCCAAUUUUGUUUGAGGGAACAAAAAGAAGUCGCAGGGUGACAUACCCGGCGAAUAGGGCGCUUGUGGCAACACUGCGAUGUUCUUAGAGGUCAAAAAUCGCGACACGCUGAAGGCACGAUGGCAUGGAGCAUUGUCAUGAUGAAGGUACCAUCUUUGCACACAGCUUUUUCAUGGACAAAUCAUCAGUUAACAUUUUUCUGACGGUUUCUCGUUUCAAAUUAAGUUCAUCAGCCAACAUUCGAACGGUUAAACGCUGAUCUUGAUGCACGAGAGUGCGCACACGCUGAACAUUGUCAGUUCGAGCUUCAACCGGUCUCCCACUUCGCGGUUCAUCCCCGACGCUUUCACGACCAUUUUUAAAAUUUUUAUGCCAUCGAAACACCUGAGCACGACUCAGGGCUUCAUCACCGAACACUUUCACCAAUUUAUCGUACGUUUCCAUAACGGAAUCGCCGAGUUUAACGCAAAAUUUAUAUUACGUUGUUCCAUAUUUGUGACACGCCUUACAAACACGUUGUCGAAAACAUAACACAACUGNAAAUUGCAAGCACAUGUAUACGAAAAUUGCAAGCACAUGUAUCGAUAGAGGAGGGAUGAGAGAUUAACCGAACGAAGUUUCAAAAUUGCAAGCACAUGUAUCGAUAGAGGAGGGAUGAGAGAUUAACCGAACGAAGUUUCAGAUUCGGAGAUUAACCGAACGAAGUUUCAGAUUCGUAGUGUUACACGAAGUUUCAGAUUCGUAGUGUUACCAAAAGCGUGGCAAAAAAAAUAGUCUCAUUACUUAUUGGUCAGACCUUGUAUACUAUUACAUUUAACUUAUGCUGUUAAAUACUGAAUUUUGGUGAUCAGUAUUCAUCUUUAACAGUUUAUUAGUAAACCUAUUUUAGAAAAGCAGAAGAAUAUCAAAAUAAUAUGUAAAACACGUGUAUCUAAGGCUGGGCAAGUAUAUGAACAAUAUUAAAAGUUAAGUUUGUUGAAAAAGUUGAAGAGUUAACACAUUAAAAGUUAACUAACUUAUUCACUUGUAAUUAAACUAAAUUGUUAUUGUUAUAGUCUUCUCCUUAAUCUUCUUCUAUGUCUCCGUCCCAAUUAUUUGGGAUCGCCCAUUGCCCACACUCGUUCUAAAGUUUUAAUUGAUCCGAUUUCCCGGCACUGACCGACUGUCUUCAUAUCAUUCUAAAUCGCAUCUAACCAUUUCUUUUUCAGUCUUCCUCUCCGUCUCUUUACUUCUACGUUUAUUUUAAUUACAAUUCUAUCUGCUUCAGAUUGCUAUAGUAAAAGUGAAAAAAAACCAUAGGAUUUAAAAGAAUAUCAAAUUGUAUAAAUUUUAAAUUCGGAACUCCAGACCUAUUAUUGAGUAAAAAUAUUUUUUUUUUCCGAUGAUACCUGUACAAAUAAUGUGUAGAUUGUAAAUUCAAAGAAAUUGAAAUCAACUUAACGUGUCAUAAUCAAAAAAGAAUCGUAACUUGUUAUAGUAAUCCAAAUAAAUAAGUGAAUAUAAUAAAAAUAAAAAUUUAAAAUGCACUUAAUUUUUAAUUUAUACACCUUUUUAACUCGUCAAUGCUCAGUCUUGCCGUUCUAUCAGUUAUAAUAAUAUUAUUAUAUUUUUCUAUCCAUUGUAAAAUUAUAAUAUUAUUGUAAUUCACCUGUAGUAUAUUUUCAUAAAUAUGUGAAAAAAUGCAUACAAAUUAUUAUUAUUAUGUUUAUAACAGGGGUGUUUUUGUUUUACACGGCCACUAAAGUUGAAGAAUGGAUUCCGGAAUCGGGAAAACCAAAUCUCAAUGCCUUGGUAGUUAUAAUCGGUAUACUUUACUUGUUGGCUUCCCUGCAAGACAUAGCACUCGACGGUUGGUCACUUACGAUACUAAAAAAGUAAGCGCGGUUGAUAGUUGAUAUAAUGUGCGGUUUUUAAGUAGUUGAAUACAAUAGUGUAUAUAUGUAUAUGUCGUUUUGUUGUAGUGAUUUUUAUUGGCAGUAGUACAGUAAUCCUGUCGGUGAACCUAUGUUUAUAUUAUCUACUAUAUUGGUUACUUAUUUGGAUGCAAAUAUUCUAUAAACAUUUUUAAAAAUAUAUCAAAUAAAAACUACAUUAGAAACAUUAAAAAACAUAAUGCCUACAAAUAAUAUAAACAUCGCUAAAAUGGUGUAAAAAUUUGACCACGUCUAGGAAAGGAAAACAUAAGUUUUCAAUCAAAAUGUCAAGUCUCUACUAAUAUUUAUAACUGAAUUACAAUAAAAAACAGCAAAAUUGUAAAUAAUAUAACAAUUAUUUCCGUAAACUUUCAUGUUCUUUAUACGUUUUUGAUUCUAAACGAAAAUAGGACUGUAUUGGUUUUUCAAUGAUGUUCAUUAUUAUUAUUUAUUCUUUUUAUCGUUAAGAAGGUAAUUUUUUUGUUUUGAUUUUCUAAACUGUUUUCAUAAUAAUUAGGAAAAACUUGAAAAAAACUGGCAAUGCAAAUUCCGAGAUAAAUGGAUAAAUAUUUAUGUCGCGCGUCGCAAUGAUUUCAUAAUUUUAUAUUUUUCCAGCUUAUAUUUUUAUCUAAAAAUCUUGUUUCCAUCAAAAUAUGACAAGGAAACCUUUUUUGUUGCAUUUUCGAUUUAGUCCAAAUAUACAUCAACUAUACGAAAAGUUGCUCACUGACACAAUAAAGAUUACAUUAUAGUAAAACCAAUAAAUCCAUUACAACGCUCCUAUUCCCAAAAAGUUGUUGUUGUUGAUUUAAAAUCUAAUAACUUAAAUUAGUAUUUAAACUUGAAGAACUUUUUUCGUUUCAGUAGUAUAAAAAGAAUAAAACUAACGUCACACAUUGUAAAUGUUCCUUUUUUAGUUUGUUCUUCUAUUUAACUAUACGGUAUACUGUAUACGCGUGUAUGUCUUCUGCAAUACUGCCUGUAUCAUGUCCUUUUAAUAAUAGCUGAUAACAAUAAUUUCAUCGCUCUAAGGCCAAAAAAAAAAAAAAAAAUAAUAAGAAAUAUCCUAAGUUACAAGAACUUAUUUUAUUGUGUUUCUAUUGUUAUAAUAGUAAAGAAUACGACAAAAAUACUUUUUGGUUGAUGAUGUUAAAUAAAAGGAUAUUAUUUAAAUAUUUAUAUUUCAGAAACAACGUUGGCCAUUCGUCCACUUGCAGCGGAAUUGGUCUGGCGCUCAGUGAACUCAUAUGCACGGUUUUUCUCCUGUUACUCACAUCCGAAGAAUUUUGUAAUAAAUACUUACGGCAGACGCACGGCACAGGAGGAUUAGUAACUAUUAAAAGUAUACACGCUGACCUAUUUUGUUAUUUUGCCAUUCAACUGGGAAAUGCUUUACUAGCUAGUCGCUAUGAAAAUAUAAUUUGUCUCCUUGAAACACCAAUUAUCAAAUUUACUAUACAAAUGAUUACAAACACCUUUUUAUGGAGUUUGUUCGUGAUUAUUUUUAAUUAAAACCAUUGGGAUCCCUCUGUCAAACAUAAUAUCUUCCUCCAUCUAUUUCGAUCUUCUGCUACCCCCCACUAGCUCCUUGAAUAAAUUAUCACAAAAUUCUUCUUAAUAAAUGUAUAUUCAAUUCUCAGACAUUUAAAUAAAAAAUAUUUUUUUUUUUUUUUUAUUAAAAACUGGCUUAUUUUACUGGCUCGACUGCAAAUAUUAAUCAGAUACAUCCGAAUAACAGGUGAUCCAUUUAAGUGGGCAUACUUAUUAUCUCAGAAAGUAUUAACUUUUUUAGGAGUUUGUUUUCUAAAAAAUUUAAGAAGCAAGCUGCUCUACAACAUUAUAUUUAUAUUAUAUUUGGAGAUAAAACCAUUUCCUACUUUUGAUUUUCAAACGGCAACCUAUAUUAAAAAUUCCAUAAAUAGAUUUAGUAUUAGUUAAAAUAAAUUUUGAUGUUGACAUGUUUGGUUUCCUUCAAUCCAUUGACGAGAUAUUCCACUUUUAAGUUUUGGUUGGAGGAGAGUAGUGGUGCAUUAUUAAUACGCCGCUCACCGUACCGCCACACAAUUGAUACUCUACUAGUUCAUACUAAAAUUACUUGUUACUAUCAAAAGUUAAUACUUACCGAGAUAAUGAGUGUAUCCACUUAAAUGGUUCACCUGGUAUUUCAACAAACACAAUAAUUAUUUAUAGUUAUCUAAUCUAAAAAAGGUUUUCUGUAUUUUUGGAGUUUUUCGUUUAUGAUAAUAACGACACUAGUCGGCGUAUUCAAACGGGAAAAGACCGCGGGAUCGGAAAACGAAGACGUCAAAAUCAACAUCUUCCAAAGUUACAGACUACUUUGGGAGAUUAUAAAAUUACCGAGCGUCGGGCUUCUGAUGAUGAUUCUGUUAACGAUGCGGGUGAAUAUAAUAAUUUAAAUUAUAAUAACUUUCAAAUUUCAUGUGAUAGACAUUUAACUUUAUACAUUAAAAAAUAGAUCACCUAUACUGUAUAACAACAACUGCAAUAAAUUCAAGUUGGCAAAUCAUUUAUUUUGCAAAUUAUUUGUUUAAUAAUUACAGAUCGGAUUUACCGCCACAGACGCCGUAUCAAAUUUGAAACUGAUGGACGCUGGUGUGUCUAGAGACGACAUAACGAUGAUUAACAUAUCAAUGUAUUCGUUCAAAUUUUUCAUACCUCUUCUUGCUUCGAAAUAUACUUCGGGUCUAAAACCCAUGAGCGCAUUUUUGAAUUUAUAUCUUCUCAGGUAAACAAAUUAACAUAUUAUAUCUAUAUUAAAUAAAUGUGAUAAUAUUUUUCCUCUUGUACAAUUUUGCACGUAAUAAUAAUGUAUUAUAUUGUUUUUACACAAAAUCAUAAUCAAAGAUAUUUGUAAUAUUUUAUUGUUUUAUGAAUUAUAUAUCUAUAAUACAAUAUAUUGAGGGGAAAAUUCAACUAUAUCGACGGAGUUUUGUUGACUACGGGUGUUCAAAAUAUAUUAAUACGUUCCGUCUCGAGUUUAUACUCUGGAAAUGUUUUAAACUAAAGGGUGGUGACGUAAAGAUAAUUAAUAAUUUUUCAGAUUGUUUUGGGGCAUCGUCUAUAUCGUAUUGAUCUACUAUACACCAGUUUUGAUUAAGGCUAGUGAAACCGUUACUGCUCCAGGAUAUUAUUAUAUUAUUUUAGGAUGCAUAGCCGGAGUACACGAGGUUGGUUAUUAACAAUAUCCUAGACUAGUAAAACUAAAAUAACGCACUAAAUAACAAAUUAUAUAUAUAUAUAUAUUUUUUUUUUAUAAAAUAUUUUAUUUUUUAAUAAUUUAUGAAUUUAUUUGCAUCUCGAGAUGCAUUAACGUAAAUCAAAAGUAAGAACUAUAAUGAAAAACAAUUUUGAAUUUAAAUUACUGAAUCCCAAGAUAAAAAUUAUUAUUGUAACAUUUAUGUGAUAAUAAGACCAAUCAGUAUUACAAAACGUUUUCACGAAUUAAUAUUUCGUGACAGUAUGAGAUUUAUACGUUUUUAACCCCCAAGGAUAAUUUUUUUGUCAACAAUAAGUUGAAAAAAGUUUUCAAAAAAAGUGCAAAAUAAACUCUCAAAAGGAACCUUAAAAUUCCAAAAAAAAAAAAAAACUGGCGUUUUCAAUAAUAUUCUUAAGCAUUCAGAAAUCAUUAUCUUAGACAAUCAAAAAACAAAAAUUAAUUUCGAAUUCGAAUUUAGGGACUAUGAAACCGUUAGUUGACGUAAAUAAACUAUUAUGUACGUACAUAUAAAUAACUGCAGGAGUAUAAACUUUUAUUGAAUUAAACAACACCCGUCGUAAUAUAUGUUCAAUUGCGUUUACUUUGUAUAAUCUAUUUUAGUAAAAAUAUUAUCCAAUACAAUCAUACACUUUCUUCUGUUUUACGUUUAGACGUUGAUGUAUACCAUGUUUAUGUUUACAAUGGGAUUUUUCUCUCGGAUAUGUGACAAACGCUAUGGCGGUACAUACAUGACGAUGCUGGUUACAAUAUCAAAUUUAGGUAUAAUAGUAUGGAAGUAUUUAGCACUGAAUUUGGUCGACUUGUUGACGUUUAGUAAAUGUUCAAAUGACGCCCAAAACAAUUGUUCCACGUCAAGUUUAAAAGACGUAAGAAUUCGUAUAAAAUCAUUUUUAUACUUACAGCAAACGGCCAGAAUUUUGUUUUUGAAUAAUCAUAUUUUAAUUACUCAUGUACACAUCGUGAAUAGUAUUUUGUUUUGUUAAAUCUAUUACAGAAUAUUAUAAAUACCGUUGAAAUAUUGUCCACAUGAAUCAAACAAAAAACGAACCAAACAUUUUACAUUCACAUAAAUUUAUUUCAUGUUUGUGAUACUACAGACGUAGUACGACAUGUGAUUAGUGAAUACAAUCCACACAAUCAUUUUCAAAAUAACAAUUGCUAUAAUAAUUUAUGUUCUUAUUCUUUAAAUAUAAUAUAUAAUAUUGGUAUUGUUAUAGAUGUGCACGGUAAAUAAUGGCGAGUGUAUUGUAAUUGUGAACGGUUACUAUACAGAAGUCGGUAUCUGUAUUGCUGUUGGACUUGUUUGGUACUUUGUUUUCAAAAAACCCAUACGAAAUUUACAGCAAAGAAAUCUGUUCCAUUGGUUGGUUCCAGAUUUCAGUUGAACCACAGAUAAAAAUAUAAGAAACGGCGACUAGCAGAAUUAUUAGGGUAGAUAUUUUUCAUUUCAUUUUUAUUUUUCUUAUAGAAUUGGUCGAUUUAAAACCAUAUAAUCGUUUUUCUUUAUUAAUUUAGUUCCUAUCACGAAAACGGAAAAAUAUUGCAUCAACUCAAUUUCAUAUUUCGUCUGUGCAUUUAAUAGAAUGGUGAUUUCAUUUGGAGGAAUAUUGCAUUCGUUAACCAACAUUUUUACCGUUAGAAACUCAGAAAAUAAAACUUAUUAUUAUUAAGAUCGUUUUUAUAUAAUUUUUAAUAAUAAAAACCACGUUUAAAAAAAAUUGACAUAAUUUCACAUAAUGAAGACAUAUUUUUAUCAGCAACCUUUAAAAUAAAGGAAAAUCGAACUAUUCAAAUAACGAUAAACGUUAUUAAAGAAACAUCCAACUCAAAAUAUUGUCUUCUGCUUGAAAUUUAAAUUAUAGUAAAUACAGUCAUAGUAAUAAUAGUCAUAGUAUACUAUGAUGAAAAAUUAUUGUGCCACUAGAAUUGGUUUAUGGCUAUCUCCAUUUGCUAACUACGGCGAUUUUUAAUAUUGCGCAUGGCGUCUGCAGGGAUUCUUUGGCUGCGGUGGCAGCCAUAUAUUAUAAUACACGGCAAUAUUUAUCCGUUUUUGAUUUAACGUGAAGCAACUGUUAAUGAACAUAUUUUUUUUGCAAAUGACCUACCUAAUCAAAUGUAUUUAAAAGUACUGCAUAAUCUUUCUAUUCGUAUAAUUAUAUUACAUUUUGGUUGAAUUUUAAUAAAAACAAUAAAAAUUAUUAU